CUUGCUCACAAAAUGAUCAACGAUAAAUAUUGAUAAUCCUAAUUGCAAAUGGGCUAUGUCUGAACUAGUGAGACUGCUGUCGUCUUCUCCGGUACCGCCAGUUGACCGCUCGUCCCCCACCACCAUGUCUACGGGGAUGGCCUCUGCACCUCUACUGCAGCCUACCAGCAACACAACCCAAGGUCAGAGAAUGCCCUGCACGUUAUACGGCUGCCAUCGUGUCUACGCGGACACAGACAGCCUGGCCAAACACAUCAAGGACCAUCAGAAUCACAUCCCCACUCAGUCCCUCCCAGGUAAAGUGUUCCUCUGCUCCUUCAUUGGCUGCAACGGCUCCUUUCCCAGCAUGCAGCAUCUGAUGGAACAUAUGAGACAACACCACAAACCCAAUACGUACUUCCUGUGUCAGAGUUGUCGGUCCAAGCUGCGCUCCUACCGCGCCCUCCUCAAACACCUCCACACCUGUGCUAAGGUAGCCAAGAGCAAGGCCAAGGCUGGCGAGCAGGCAGAGGUCAAGCCGGACCCUGACCCCGAUGCUGCUGUUCCCAUGGGUACAGACCAGGAGACCCCACAGCAGCAAGAGCCCAUGGAGUCCGAGCCCUCCCACCCUGUCCAUGGGCCUACCGGGUCUGACCAUCUCUCUGCCCAGGCUCCCUACCAGCCCCCAGAGGAUGGAUCUCUCCUCGGCCUGGACCUCAACACGGCCCUGCUCCCUGGAGCCUUCUCCCUCCAGGAGGGAGGUGGUGGGGGAUUGUCAGACACCCAGCCCCCAGGCCUCACAGACCAGCGCCUGAUGGAUCCUAUGGCUCCUUCACAGUACCUUCAAUCUCCACUGGAAGUUUCUGGACCGGCGCCACAACAGCAGAGGCCCCCCAGGCCCGUCCCUUCGGCUCUACCUUCCUCCCCGCCCCCCCAGACCUCCACCCCGCCCGGCUCCAACGCUCGCUGGAGGAAGAACCAAGGUCAGUCCUUCAACGGCCGUAUUCUAUGGAAACACACCAGGGGGCGCUACAGCUGUGUCCAGUGUGGCCACGCCACCCCAAACAGGAAGGAGAUGACCGCCCACAUCAAGGGCCAACACAAGAGCCCUGCUGCCAAGCCUGAUGACCGUGUGCCCUCUUCACAGACUACAGAGGCUAGCACCUACACCCGUCUCUGACCCGACGGCCCGUCUCCCUCUGACCCGACGGCCCGUCUCCCUCUGACCCGACGGCCCGUCUCCCUCUGACCCGACGGCCCGUCUCCCUCUGACCCGACGGCCCGUCUCCCUCUGACCCGACGGCCCGUCUCCCUCUGACCCGACGGCCCGUCUCCCUCUGACCCGACGGCCCGUCUCCCUCUGACCCGACGGCCCGUCUCCCUCUGACCCGACGGCCCGUCUCCCUCUGACCCGACGGCCCGUCUCCCUCUGACCCGACGGCCCGUCUCCCUCUGACCCGACGGCCACAUGGGAGGAAACACAGUUCAAUAAUGUGUUCAGUGGAACUAGUUAUCACUUUAUUUUCCUGUGAGUGAUUCAUUUCAAUAAACAAUUAAAUUGAUCAAGGUAAA